AUGUCUCAGCCGCGCGGAGGACGUGGUGGACGCGGUGCUGGGGGCGCUGGCGUUGGCCGGAAGACCCCCUCAUCGUUGACCGGUCCGCCGGACGACUCGGCAACACCCAGCGAACGUGCAACGCCCGCGAGUAAGGCCGACUCCGAUCCCAAGGACGACAGCUCCAGCAAUGGCGACAAAAAGGAUAUGGACCUCUUUCCGGCCCCUAAGCCACCCAGUGCCGGCGCCUCCAUACGCGACACGGCCAACAAGGUGCUCAGCCUGGCCAUGAAGAGCGAGUGGACACCCAUCGAAGCCGAGCUCAAGAAACUGGAGAAGUAUGUGGCCAACGUAGGGGAAGACGGCAAUCACAUACCCCUGGCGGGCAUACACGAUAUGAAUACCGGCAUGACACCGCUGAUGUACGCAACCAAGGACAACAAGUCCGCCAUAAUGGAUCGCAUGAUUGAGUUGGGCGCCGAUGUGGGAGCCCGCAAUAAUGAUAAUUAUAAUGUGCUACAUAUUGCGGCAAUGUAUUCGCGUGAGGAUGUCGUCAAAUAUUUGCUGACAAAACGCGGCGUGGAUCCCUUCUCCACCGGUGGCUCGCGCUUUCAGACUGCGGUGCAUUUAGUGUCAAGUCGGCAGACCGGAACUGCAACAAAUAUCCUGCGCACUCUCCUCGCAGCUGCUGGCAAGGAUAUACGCGUGAAAGCAGACGGCCGUGGCAAAAUCCCAUUGCUUCUGGCCGUGGAGUCGGGCAAUCAGUCCAUGUGCAGGGAGCUCCUUUCUGCACAAACGGCGGACCAACUAAAGGCAACGACGGCCAAUGGAGACACGGCCUUGCAUUUGGCCGCCAGACGGCGGGACGUGGACAUGGUCCGGAUCCUGGUCGAUUACGGCACCAACGUGGACACGCAGAACGGCGAGGGACAGACCCCACUGCAUAUCGCUGCCGCCGAGGGCGAUGAGGCUCUACUCAAGUACUUCUAUGGCGUGCGUGCCUCAGCGUCCAUUGCGGACAAUCAAGAUCGCACUCCGAUGCACUUGGCCGCCGAGAAUGGGCAUGCGCAUGUCAUCGAAAUACUGGCGGACAAAUUCAAGGCGAGCAUCUUCGAGCGCACCAAGGAUGGCAGCACACUGAUGCACAUUGCGUCACUCAAUGGCCAUGCUGAGUGCGCCACGAUGCUCUUCAAGAAGGGUGUCUACCUCCACAUGCCCAACAAGGAUGGUGCCCGCAGCAUACACACCGCCGCCGCCUACGGACACACGGGCAUCAUCAACACUCUGCUGCAAAAGGGCGAGAAGGUGGACGUGACCACGAAUGACAACUAUACCGCUCUGCACAUAGCCGUGGAAUCGGCCAAGCCUGCCGUUGUGGAGACGCUGCUGGGAUUUGGUGCCGAUGUUCAUGUUCGUGGCGGAAAGCUGCGGGAAACGCCGCUGCAUAUUGCAGCGAGAGUGAAGGACGGAGAUCGCUGUGCCCUCAUGCUGCUGAAGUCGGGCGCCAGUCCAAACCUCACGACGGAUGACGCCCUCACGCCCGUCCAUGUGGCUGCACGUCAUGGAAAUCUGGCCACGUUAAUGCAGCUGCUGGAGGACGAGGGAGAUCCAUUGUACAAGUCCAAUACGGGCGAGACACCCCUGCAUAUGGCCUGCCGUUCGUGCCAUCCGGAGAUUGUGCGCCACCUAAUCGAGACGGUGAAGGAGAAGCACGGCCCGGACAAGGCCACGACGUACAUUAAUUCCGUGAAUGACGAUGGCGCCACGGCGCUGCACUACACUUGCCAAAUUACCAAGGAGGAGGUGAAGAUCCCGGAGUCGGACAAGCAGAUCGUUCGCAUGCUCCUCGAGAACGGAGCGGACGUGACGCUGCAGACCAAGAACGCACUGGAGACGGCGUUCCACUACUGCGCCGUGGCGGGCAACAACGAUGUGCUGAUGGAGAUGAUCUCGCACAUGAAUCCCACGGACAUCCAGAAGGCGAUGAACCGGCAGUCGUCGGUGGGCUGGACGCCGCUGCUGAUCGCCUGCCAUCGGGGACACAUGGAGCUGGUCAACAACCUUUUAGCGAAUCAUGCCAGAGUCGAUGUGUUUGACACCGAGGGCCGAUCGGCCCUGCACCUGGCCGCCGAGCGGGGCUACCUGCACGUCUGCGAUGCCCUGCUAACGAACAAGGCCUUCAUCAAUUCGAAGUCGCGCGUGGGGCGCACUGCCCUCCAUUUGGCGUCGAUGAACGGAUUCACGCACUUGGUCAAGUUCCUGAUCAAGGACCACAAUGCGGUGAUCGAUAUCCUGACGCUGCGCAAGCAGACGCCCCUGCACCUGGCGGCGGCCAGUGGCCAGAUGGAGGUCUGCCAGCUGCUGCUCGAGCUGGGGGCCAACAUCGAUGCGACGGACGACCUGGGCCAGAAGCCUAUCCAUGUCGCCGCGCAGAACAAUUACUCUGAAGUGGCCAAACUCUUCCUGCAACAGCAUCCGUCGCUGGUGAAUGCGACGAGCAAGGACGGCAACACCUGCGCCCAUAUUGCCGCCAUGCAGGGAUCUGUGAAGGUGAUCGAGGAGCUGAUGAAGUUUGAUCGAUCUGGCGUGAUCUCGGCUAGAAAUAAGUUGACCGAUGCCACGCCCUUGCAGCUGGCUGCCGAGGGCGGGCAUGCGGAUGUGGUCAAGGCCCUGGUCCGUGCCGGCGCCUCCUGCACCGAGGAGAACAAGGCGGGCUUCACCGCCGUCCAUCUGGCAGCCCAAAACGGACACGGACAGGUGCUGGAUGUGCUGAAGAGCACAAAUUCUCUGAGGAUCAAUAGCAAGAAGCUGGGUCUAACGCCCCUCCAUGUGGCUGCGUACUACGGACAAGCGGACACGGUCCGAGAACUCCUCACGAGUGUCCCCGCAACGGUGAAAUCGGAGACGCCCACGGGGCAGACUCUGUUCGGAGAGCUGGGCACCGAGUCGGGCAUGACGCCCCUCCAUUUGGCAGCCUUCUCGGGCAACGAGAAUGUGGUGCGGCUGCUUCUCAACUCGGCGGGCGUACAGGUUGAUGCGGCGACAACGGAAAACGGCUAUAAUCCACUCCAUUUGGCUUGCUUCGGCGGACACAUGUCAGUGGUCGGUUUGCUUCUGAGUCGGUCGGCGGAACUCCUCCAAUCGACGGAUAGGAAUGGCCGCACUGGCCUGCACAUCGCUGCCAUGCAUGGCCACAUCCAGAUGGUGGAGAUUCUGCUGGGACAGGGCGCGGAGAUAAAUGCAACCGAUCGCAAUGGUUGGACGCCACUGCAUUGUGCUGCCAAAGCCGGUCACUUGGAGGUGGUGAAGCUGCUGUGCGAGGCCGGUGCCUCGCCCAAGUCCGAGACGAACUAUGGCUGUGCGGCCAUCUGGUUCGCCGCCUCCGAGGGCCACAACGAGGUGCUGCGCUACCUCAUGAACAAGGAGCACGACACCUACGGCCUCAUGGAGGACAAGCGCUUCGUCUACAAUCUGAUGGUUGUGUCCAAGAACCACAACAAUAAGCCCAUCCAAGAGUUUGUGUUGGUGUCGCCAGCACCAGUGGAUACGGCCGCCAAGUUGUCCAACAUUUACAUGGUUCUAUCCACAAAGGAAAAAGAACGAGCCAAGGAUCUGGUGGCUGCUGGCAAGCAAUGCGAGACGAUGGCCACCGAACUCCUGGCUCUGGCUGCUGGCUCCGAUUCAGCGGGGAAGAUCCUGCAGGCCACCGACAAACGCAACGUGGAGUUUCUCGACGUCCUCAUAGAGAACGAGCAGAAGGAGGUCAUUGCCCACACAGUGGUCCAGCGGUAUCUUCAAGAACUCUGGCACGGCUCCCUGACCUGGGCCUCCUGGAAGAUCAUGCUGCUGCUGGUUGCCUUCAUUGUGUGUCCGCCGGUGUGGAUUGGGUUCACCUUUCCCAUGGGCCACAAGUUCAACAAGGUGCCCAUCAUCAAGUUCAUGUCGUACCUCACCUCGCACAUUUACCUCAUGAUCCACCUGAGCAUCGUGGGCAUCACGCCCAUCUAUCCGGUGCUGCGCCUCAGCCUGGUCCCGUACUGGUACGAGAUCGGGCUGCUCAUCUGGCUGAGCGGACUGCUGCUGUUCGAGCUGACGAAUCCCUCGGAUAAGUCGGGCUUGGGAUCCAUCAAGGUGCUGGUCCUGCUGCUGGGCAUGGCCGGGGUGGGCGUGCACGUGGCCGCCUUUGUGUUCGUCUCGAAGGAGUACUGGCCCACGCUGGUGUACUGUCGGAAUCAGUGCUUCGCCCUGGCCUUCCUGCUGGCCUGCGUGCAAAUCCUUGACUUUCUGUCGUUCCACCACCUGUUCGGGCCCUGGGCCAUCAUCAUUGGCGAUCUGCUGAAGGAUCUGGCACGCUUUCUGGCCGUGCUGGCCAUAUUCGUGUUCGGCUUCUCCAUGCACAUUGUGGCGCUGAAUCAAUCGUUUGCCAACUUCUCGCCGGAGGAUCUGCGGAGCUUCGAGAAGAAGAACCGCAAUCGGGGCUACUUCAGUGACGAUGACAUGCCCACUCCGCGACCCCCUCCAGCGGAUAAUUAUGUCGAUAAUCGCUUCAGCGAGUUCCGACGCAAGCACAAAGAUGAUCUGCGCAUGCAUCCGAUAAACUCGUUCGAGUUACUAUUCUUCGCCGUGUUCGGUCAGACGACGACCGAGCAAACGCAAGUUGACAAAAUCAAAAAUGUAGCCACGCCCACUCAACCGUAUUGGGUUGAGUAUCUGUUCAAAAUUGUCUUUGGCAUUUACAUGCUGGUGUCGGUGGUUGUCCUAAUUAACCUGCUGAUUGCUAUGAUGUCAGACACCUAUCAACGAAUCCAGGCACAAUCCGACAUCGAGUGGAAAUUUGGCUUGUCAAAGCUUAUACGCAAUAUGCAUCGCACCACAACAGCGCCCUCGCCGCUUAAUUUAGUUACCACCUGGUUUAUGUGGAUCGUCGAGAAGGUCAAGGCACGCAUGAAGAAAAAGAAGCGUCCAAGUCUGGUACAGAUGAUGGGAAUACGUCAGGCCAGUCCCCGCACCAAGGCCGGCGCCAAGUGGCUAUCGAAGAUCAAGAAAGACUCGGUGGCACUGUCGCAGGUGCAUCUCUCGCCGUUGGGAUCGCAGGCCAGCUUCUCGCAGGCCAAUCAGAAUCGCAUCGAGAACGUGGCCGACUGGGAGGCCAUUGCCAAGAAGUAUCGAGCUCUGGUGGGCGACGAGGAGGGCGGCUCCCUCAAGGACUCGGAUGCGGAGAGCGGAUCCCAGGAGGGCAGCGGGGGUCAGCAGCCGCCGCAACAGGUGGGAAAGAGGGCCGCCAUUAGGGCAGCCUCGGAACGCAAAUAAAUUAAUUCGCACACUGAAUGGAACACCACAGAACUAUUCCCUUGGAUUUCUUACUAAAUAAGUUUCGAUUGCAGGUCUAAGCUUCACUUCCCUCCACUGUCUACUGUCUUCUCUCUUCCAACUAUCCUUCCGCCACCAACUUCUCUCUAUCUCUUCUCGACUAUCCAACCGCCUGUACUGUCUAUCCUGUACUGUACACCUAAGCCCUAAGCCCUAACCCUAACCUUAACUAACCCUAACUCUAACUCUAAGCGAACCUACUGCUAAGCCGCACUACCCCUAAGUUAAGCUUCACCUUCCUGUGGCCUUAGGGUAAAUUAAUUUAGCUAGAAUAUUGAAAUUGUUUUGGGUAAACUGCGAAGCGCCUCAUCAGAUAAGUUUAUUUAGUUUUUGGAUAUCAUUUCUACGACAAUUAUGAAUGAUGAACAACAAAACAAGUUUUCCAUAUUCGAUAUUUUUGAAAUAAGUCAAUUUUAUUAGUCCUUUUUGGACUACUUUGCCAGACUCUUUGAACAAACUCCUAGCAUUUUGUAUUAAGCUGAAUCCGACGAUGAGCGAUCGAACAUAGCUAAUAAUUAUCUUAGUCUGUAAGUAUCCCUAACUUUAGCUUCAAUCGGAGUUUCGUCAAACCAAACCGCCAGAUCUCUCAUUGUUUUCCAGAUCUCAUUGUCCAGAAUAUAUUAAUUUCGUGUUUCCUAAGCUUGAUUCAUUUUUUAUAAGAAACC